AUGGGCUCUGAAGUUAGAAAACAUUCCAGAUAUAUCAGUUUCAAUCAAACAGGAACGAGUAUCUGUUUAGUGAACGACGACAAUUGUGGUUUCAAAAUCAUCAAUGCUGAUACUUUGGAUACGCAAUAUAGUGAUCCCAAGGGAUCAUACUCUCAAGUGCAGCUGUAUUUUGAAUCGUCGUUGGUUGUUUUAGUCGGAUUAGGAGAAGAUAUAAAAUUUUCACCAAGAGAAUUGAAACUAUUCAAUAUUGAAACCUCUCGAAUGAUAUGUCAUUUAUUAUAUUCGGAUACAAUAACUAAUGUGCAAGUGAAUAAAGAUCGAAUGGUAGUAUCGCUAACGAAUGAAAUAUACAUUUAUAAUUUGACAAACAUGAAAUUGUUGCAUAUUAUUAAGAACCUUCGUAAAUUGAAUGGAUUAAUUUCAGUAUCCAUGGGUACACCAUAUUCCAAUCUAUUAAUAUAUCCAACAUAUUCCACUCGUCGAAAGAGAAGAAACAGUGGUCGGAAACUAUCUAAUAGCAGUGGGAAGAGUACGUUUGAACCACCCGUAACAGAGAGUAAUUUGAUAGGAGGUGAAACAGGGGUAAUAGAUGAUAACGAAGAUGACUAUGAUGAUGAAGAUGAAGUAAUGAAGGAAGGAGAUAUAAUAGUAUUUGAUAUGAUGUUAUUACGACCAUUAAUGGUCAUUGAAGCUCAUGAGAAUGGAAUACAAUGUAUAACUAUGAAUGAAAAUGGUUCAUUAAUUGCUACAGCGUCUAAAUUAGGUACAAUUAUUAGAAUUUUUAAUACAAUGAAUGGACAAAAGAUAAAAGAAUUCCGUCGUGGUAGUUAUAGAAGUACAAUACAAAGUAUGAAAUUUUCUCAAGGAAAUAAUUUUUUGGUAGUGAUUAGUAGUAGUAAUACUAUUCAUAUAUUUGAAUUACAACCAUACGAUAUCAAUAUGUUACAAGAAUCUGAAGUGAAUAGCAAUAUAAGUGUUAAAGAGACAAAUGAGCAAGAUCAUAUUGUAUUAGAUACUAUACCAAGUUCGACAUCUACUAGUAGCAUUAGUAAAAAAAAUAAAAAGACUUCAAUGUCACGAUUAAUUAAGAAAUCCUCUAAAAAACUAACUCGAGAAGCUAAUAAACGAUUUAAUCAAUUAUUUAUUGGAGAUAAUAUAGACAAUAAAGAUAGGAUUAAGAUUAUUACAGAAAGACAUUUUGCAUGGUGUAAAUUUCAAAUAGAUAAAAUUAAAGAACGUGGAAAUUCUAGUGUAAUUGAUAUUGAUUCCAGACCUAUCAUAUUAAACAAAUCACAACUGAUACAGUUGCAAAACACAACCAAUAUGUCUAAUAAAGUUCCGAUUACGGAAACUGCAGAUAACAAUAGCAAUAGUAAUAACAAGAAUGAAGAUGAAUGUGAAGAUGACGAUGGUGAUGGAGAUAAGACAUCAUUGAUAUAUUUGAGAAUCAAGAUAUUAACAUCUGAUGGUAACCUUUAUACAUAUUUAUUAGAUCCGAUCAAUGGUGGAGAAUGUAUUUUACAAUCUCAAUUAUAUCUGUUACAUUAA